CUCUUCCAUAACCUUCCAACUUCAUUACAUUUACUGCAGUCUGCAACAACAAUAAACAAAACCCAGAACCCAGAACCCAGAUUCUAUUUUCUCUCUCCUCUGCUGCUCUGCAACUUCAAGAAAUGGAGUCAUGGGAAUCAUCACUAUCAUCAGAUGUAACAACAACCCCAAACAAAAAACACCCUCAUUCUCUCUCCUCAACCUCUGCUAUCCCUAUGAUUUCUACUCCUGAGCCUCGUCAGAUCCGCAUUGCCAAACCCGCUUUCGCUUCCGGUUUUGAUCUUCCCCAGCUCAGUUAUGGAGUUUGUGAGUCUGGGAUGUUUCAGGAAUUCCAGAAAUGCCCCUCAAGGUUGCCCCAAAAGUAUGAGGUGCUGUGUGAGUUCUUCAAUGCAAUGGUUAAUUCAAUUCGGUUGUUCAGGCUGAAAAGACUGCCAUCAACAGUUGCUCAGCUUUCUCGAAAGAUAGAGUUUUUGACAAAUAGGAAGUUCACAUUACAUCACCUGGGUCAGUUGAAGCACAUCAUGCCAGAGGUGAUUAUGGUAAAGAAAAUUCGUGUUGAAGACAGGGAAACAAACUGUAUGAAGGAGGAGCUUUUUGUGUCACUUGAGGUGGAUGCAGCAGUGGCAACUGAAGAGCACAUGAAAGGCGGCGGUGGAUUUUCUCGAUUGAAACAGAUCUUUCAUUCACGACUCACUGAUUAUUCCAGAACCCAUGAUGAGGAUGAUGAUGUUCCAGAGGGAGAUUUACCUCAGCUGUUUUAUCAGCCAAAGCAGGAAUCUGAACCAAACAUGUGCCAAACCCCUGCCCCACUGGCAGUAUUACAUACUGCUCCCUCUUUUAAGAGGCGGUUCUCAUCUAGGGCUUUGGGUGCUUCGGUUUCUCAGUCCCCCCUAGCUGAGCCAUCAUCUCAAUUGCGAGAAAUUCCUAUCAAAGAGGUCAUUUCCAUUGAGGCUAAAGAUGAACCUUCCAUUAGCAUAAUUGGAAGCAAUGCUACACCUCUAAGACUCACUUCAACAACCGCCAAACUCGCUUCAGCACCCGCCAAACUCGCGUCAACACCCGUCAAACUUGAUUUAACACCUGCCAAACUCGCUUCAACACCGACAAAACUCGCUUCAACACCUGCAAAAUUCGCUUCAUCACCAACAAAACUCGCUUCAACACCUGCCAAACUCGCUUCAACACCGGCAAGGCUGAUGUCAGCCACACCUGCAUUGCUGCCGCCAAAACGGUUUGUGAUGUCCCCGGAUCAUGAUUAUACUUGUGAUUUGUCCACCAAGUCAGCAAAGCGUAGGGCCCUGAAUUUUGAUCAGACUAGCAAUGACAUUGAGGAUCAAUUGAGUCAAGUUGGUGAGAAAGGGAUCAAUUGUCCAGCAGAAAAAAGGCGACAAGAACUGAUGGCUGAAGUACCCAAACUAUAUGACAUGAUUGUUCUUCUGUUCCAGUCUAUGAGGCGCUCUGUUGUCACAAAAGAGGAGCUUAUUUACAAACUAAUCACAGUCCACUUGGAUAUUGUUGAUAGAAUCGAGGUUGAGAAGCAGCUCGAGUUGCUAGAAGAAGUUGCGCCAGACUACAUCUCAGAAGUGCAUUCUCUCAGUGGGGAUACUCUCCUACGACUCAACAAAUCUUCAUCUCCUGAAUCAUUACGCAUGAAGCUGCUAGAAGCAAAUUGAGACUACAAGGUUUCCAGAAUUUGACAGUAUAAAAAGUAAAUGGGAUAUUUUUUACUGUAUUGGGUCAUUUAAGUUAGAUAACAAGAAUAGCAAGAUGGAUGCAUCAUGUAUGUCCCUUCAGCCAUAUUAAAUUUUGUGCAUGUUUAGUGUAUAUCCUAUUAGAAUACUUGUAAAACCAGUUUUUUAUUUAAUUAAGGAAUCAAUCAAAUUCUUGCU